AUGUGGCCACGGCGGGUCUAUUCGCGCAAGAAGCGCGGGGGCCAGAAGCUCAAUCUGACUCCAACGCCAGACCUGUGCUCCGCCGGGAAGGCCAAGACUCCGCCAGCCCCUGGCUCCAGACUCACCUGCUGCCUGAAGAGAGAAGGCAAAGCGCCUGGCUUGCCUAAGAUCUCUGAGAAGCUGGAGCGGAACGGGCGGGGAGGCAGUGACUCCGGGCCACUCAGCACCCAGUUGAGCACUAUGGAAGAGAAAAACCUAGAAGAAAAUAGCACUAAUGAAGAGACACAGGAUGAGAAGACGGCUCCAUCGAGUGAGUCAGUGACUGAUCUCCAGGUUCACAGUAGUUCAAGUAGUGAAUUAGUAUCAGGAUUAAGUUUGCAGCAUGACAUUUCCAGUUCUCUUCUGAGUUAUUCAAUUACAGACCCUUAUACAGGAUACAAGAGUUCUGAAGAGAGUUUAAGUAGCUUCCCUUCACCUGAACUGUUCAGAGGAUCGGAUUAUUUAGACUGGGAAUGUCUCAACUUGAAAGACCACAUGCAGUGGAAGAAUUCCACUCUUCUGGAUACCAGUAAAGCAGUAACAAUAGAGAAGGCACCACAAUUUUCAAAUCUCUCAGCAAUUUUAAAUACCUCUUCAGAAGAUUAUCAGAAGUUUCAUAAAAAAAAAGGGAUGACUUUAUCAGACCACAGUAUUUCUCCAAAACCAAAGUGUACUUCAAAUUCAGAAUCAGAUAACGCCACUUGUGAAGUUUUACUUGCUAAGAAAACUUGCCCAGCAACCUCUGAAAAAACAAAGAAAAAACCUGAAAAAGCUUCUGAACGUAGAGAUACAACAUUUCAAACAAAGUUAAACUCUCAUCUAAAUAUCAAGGCUCCAUCAUCUUACCACAGGUCUGCUCUUGAAAACAAUGCAGAUAGAUCAGUUACUAACAUUUUCCUGCCUCAGCCCAUGAAACCUGCAUUGAAAACACAUUCUGGUAUUCCUGGUAAGAAAAACAGAGGCCUGUUAACAAGUACACCAUUUUCAGAGACAGCUGAUUUUGUGGUAAGUAUUAGCAUUUACUCUAACCCAAUCAGCAUUUUUCUUGGGUUCAACUACAUAACAGGAAAACAGUUUUUGCCUUCAAAUACAUCAGAAAUAUGUUGUAUUAUUAGAGCAUCACCAGGAACUAGACCAGUGAAAAGUAAAGGUGUUACUGUAAAGAAGAAGAAAUAUUCUCCUCCUAAAGAUACUCCUCAAGGAAGAAUGUGUAAUUACUCAGUGGAAUUUUGGAACAUGUUAUAA